AUGGUCGAAACUACACAAAUCAUUACUGAACAAGAAGACGACAAAACACCCGUCACUUUUGUACACAAAACAGAGGAACUCAUUCAUGAUACAGUCACACCACUCGUAGACUUACUCACACCAGAAAAGGCUAGGAUUAUAGAAGAGGCUCCCGAAGAGGUGAAAGUAACCGAAGUUGUUUCUAAAAUAGGCGACAAGAAGGCUGUUAAAACAACAAAGCGCGUGAUCAAAAAACAGAAGGGUCCGAAACAGGAAGUUACUGAGAUAAUAACUGUCGAAAAAGACGGAGAAGAACCUGUCACAACUGUCACCGUAUCGGAAGACAAGUCGCCCGAAGAAAUCGAGUCACAACCGAUAGAAAUUGUCGAAUUUCCUGAAGAAUCGAUGAUCGAAGAAAUCAAAUCACCCGAUGGUAAGUCUAAACAAAAGAAAAUCACAAAACGGACUAUCAAAAAGAAGGUAGGUCCCAGGGUUGACACCACACACAUCACAACCACACACGAAGAAGACAAAGCACCCGUGAUCUCUGUACACACAACACACGAAUUCACAGACGAUACACUUACCACUUUAGACGAUUUACACGAACCAGUCCAUGCUCAAGUUAUCGAGGAGGCUCCCGAGGAGGUCAAAGUUACUCAGACCGUUACGGAACAAGGUGACACGAAAACUGUAAAAACAACGAAGCGCGUUAUCAAAAAGCCUAAGGGCUUGAAACAAGAAGUGACAGAAAUAACCACUGUCGAAAAUGAAGGAGAAGAACCCGUGACAACCGUAACCGUAAGGGAAGAAAAGUCACCAGAGGAAGGAGACACGCAAACAACAGAAAUCGUCGAACUUCCGGAAGAAACGUUCGUUGAAAGGGUCGAGUCGCCGGAAGGUAAGCCAAAACAAAAGAAAACAACUAAACGCAUUAUCAAAAAGAAGGUAGGUCCUAAACUCGAAACCACACAAAUCAUAACUGAACAAGAUGACGACGAAACACCCGUCACUUUCGUACACAAAACAGAGGAACUCAUUCAUGAUACAGUCACACCUCUCGUAGACUUACUAACACCAGAAAAGGCUAGGAUUAUAGAAGAGGCUCCCGAAGAGGUGAAAGUAACCGAAGUUGUUUCUAAAAUAGGCGACAAGAAGACUGUUAAAACAACAAAGCGCGUGAUCAAAAAACAGAAGGGUCCGAAACAGGAAGUUACUGAGAUAAUAACUGUCGAAAAAGACGGAGAAGAACCUGUCACCACUGUCACCGUAUCGGAAGACAAGUCGCCCGAAGAAGUCGAGUCACAACCGAUAGAAAUUGUCGAACUUCCUGAAGAAUCGACGAUCGAAGAAAUCAAAUCACCCGAUGGUAAGUUUAAACAAAAGAAAAUCACAAAACGGACUAUCAAAAAGAAGGUAGGUCCCAGGGUUGACACCACACACAUCACAACCACACACGAAGAAGACAAAGCACCCGUGAUCUCUGUACACACAACACACGAAUUCACAGACGAUACACUUAACACUUUAGACGAUUUACACGAACCAGUCCAUGCUCAAGUUAUCGAGGAGGCUCCCGAGGAGGUCAAAGUUACUCAGACCGUUACGGAACAAGGUGACACGAAAACUGUAAAAACAACGAAGCGCGUUAUCAAAAAGCCUAAGGGCUUGAAACAAGAAGUGACAGAAAUAACCACUGUCGAAAAUGAAGGAGAAGAACCCGUGACAACCGUAACCGUAAGGGAAGAAAAGUCACCAGAGGAAGGAGACACGCAAACAACAGAAAUCGUCGAACUUCCGGAAGAAACGUUCGUUGAAAGUGUCGAGUCGCCGGAAGGUAAGCCAAAACAAAAGAAAACAACUAAACGCAUUAUCAAAAAGAAGGUAGGUCCUAAACUCGAAACCACACAAAUCAUAACUGAACAAGAAGACGACGAAACACCCGUCACUUUCGUACACAAAACAGAGGAACUCAUUCAUGAUACAGUCACACCUCUCGUAGACUUACUAACACCAGAAAAGGCUAGGAUUAUAGAAGAGGCUCCCGAAGAGGUGAAAGUAACCGAAGUUGUUUCUAAAAUAGGCGACAAGAAGACUGUUAAAACAACAAAGCGCGUGAUCAAAAAACAGAAGGGUCCGAAACAGGAAGUUACUGAGAUAAUAACUGUCGAAAAAGACGGAGAAGAACCUGUCACCACUGUCACCGUAUCGGAAGACAAGUCGCCCGAAGAAGUCGAGUCACAACCGAUAGAAAUUGUCGAACUUCCUGAAGAAUCGACGAUCGAAGAAAUCAAAUCACCCGAUGGUAAGUUUAAACAAAAGAAAAUCACAAAACGGACUAUCAAAAAGAAGGUAGGUCCUAGGGUUGACACUACACAAAUCACAACAACACACGAAGAAGACAAAGCACCCGUCAUCUCUGUACACACUACAAACGAAUUCACAGACGAUACACUUACCACUUUAGACGAUUUACACGAACCAGUCCAUGCUCAAGUUAUCGAGGAGGCUCCCGAGGAGGUCAAAGUUACUCAGACCGUUACGGAACAAGGUGACACGAAAACUGUAAAAACAACGAAGCGCGUUAUCAAAAAGCCUAAGGGCUUGAAACAAGAAGUGACAGAAAUAACCACUGUCGAAAAUGAAGGAGAAGAACCCGUGACAACCGUAACCGUAAGGGAAGAAAAGUCACCAGAGGACGGAGACACGCAAACAACAGAAAUCGUCGAACUUCCGGAAGAAACGUUCGUUGAAAGUGUCGAGUCGCCGGAAGGUAAGCCAAAACAAAAGAAAACAACUAAACGCAUUAUCAAAAAGAAGGUAGGUCCUAAACUCGAAACCACACAAAUCAUAACUGAACAAGAAGACGACGAAACACCCGUCACUUUCGUACACAAAACAGAGGAACUCAUUCAUGAUACAGUCACACCUCUCGUAGACUUACUAACACCAGAAAAGGCUAGGAUUAUAGAAGAGGCUCCCGAAGAGGUGAAAGUAACCGAAGUUGUUUCUAAAAUAGGCGACAAGAAGACUGUUAAAACAACAAAGCGCGUGAUCAAAAAACAGAAGGGUCCGAAACAGGAAGUUACUGAGAUAAUAACUGUCGAAAAAGACGGAGAAGAACCUGUCACCACUGUCACCGUAUCGGAAGACAAGUCGCCCGAAGAAGUCGAGUCACAACCGAUAGAAAUUGUCGAACUUCCUGAAGAAUCGACGAUCGAAGAAAUCAAAUCACCCGAUGGUAAGUUUAAACAAAAGAAAAUCACAAAACGGACUAUCAAAAAGAAGGUAGGUCCUAGGGUUGACACUACACAAAUCACAACAACACACGAAGAAGACAAAGCACCCGUCAUCUCUGUACACACUACAAACGAAUUCACAGACGAUACACUUACCACUUUAGACGAUUUACACGAACCAGUCCAUGCUCAAGUUAUCGAGGAGGCUCCCGAGGAGGUCAAAGUUACUCAGACCGUUACGGAACAAGGUGACACGAAAACUGUAAAAACAACGAAGCGCGUUAUCAAAAAGCCUAAGGGCUUGAAACAAGAAGUGACAGAAAUAACCACUGUCGAAAAUGAAGGAGAAGAACCCGUGACAACCGUAACCGUAAGGGAAGAAAAGUCACCAGAGGACGGAGACACGCAAACAACAGAAAUCGUCGAACUUCCGGAAGAAACGUUCGUUGAAAGUGUCGAGUCGCCGGAAGGUAAGCCAAAACAAAAGAAAACAACUAAACGCAUUAUCAAAAAGAAGGUAGGUCCUAAACUCGAAACCACACAAAUCAUAACUGAACAAGAAGACGACGAAACACCCGUCACUUUCGUACACAAAACAGAGGAACUCAUUCAUGAUACAGUCACACCUCUCGUAGACUUACUAACACCAGAAAAGGCUAGGAUUAUAGAAGAGGCUCCCGAAGAGGUGAAAGUAACCGAAGUUGUUUCUAAAAUAGGCGACAAGAAGACUGUUAAAACAACAAAGCGCGUGAUCAAAAAACAGAAGGGUCCGAAACAGGAACUUACUGAGAUAAUAACUGUCGAAAAAGACGGAGAAGAACCUGUCUCCACUGUCACCGUAUCGGAAGACAAGUCGCCCGAAGAAGUCGAGUCACAACCGAUAGAAAUUGUCGAACUUCCUGAAGAAUCGACGAUCGAAGAAAUCAAAUCACCCGAUGGUAAGUUUAAACAAAAGAAAAUCACAAAACGGACUAUCAAAAAGAAGGUAGGUCCUAGGGUUGACACUACACAAAUCACAACAACACACGAAGAAGACAAAGCACCCGUCAUCUCUGUACACACUACACACGAAUUCACAGACGAUACACUUACCACUUUAGACGAUUUACACGAACCAGUCCAUGCUCAAGUUAUCGAGGAGGCUCCCGAGGAGGUCAAAGUUACUCAGACCGUUACGGAACAAGGUGACACGAAAACUGUAAAAACAACGAAGCGCGUUAUCAAAAAGCCUAAGGGCUUGAAACAAGAAGUGACAGAAAUAACCACUGUCGAAAAUGAAGGAGAAGAACCCGUGACAACCGUAACCGUAACGGAAGAAAAGUCACCAGAGGAAGUAGACACGCAAACAACAGAAAUCGUCGAACUUCCGGAAGAAACGUUCGUUGAAAGUGUCGAGUCGCCGGAAGGUAAGCCAAAACAAAAGAAAACAACUAAACGCAUUAUCAAAAAGAAGGUAGGUCCUAAACUCGAAACCACACAAAUCAUAACUGAACAAGAAGACGACGAAACACCCGUCACUUUCGUACACAAAACAGAGGAACUCAUUCAUGAUACAGUCACACCUCUCGUAGACUUACUAACACCAGAAAAGGCUAGGAUUAUAGAAGAGGCUCCCGAAGAGGUGAAAGUAACCGAAGUUGUUUCUAAAAUAGGCGACAAGAAGACUGUUAAAACAACAAAGCGCGUGAUCAAAAAACAGAAGGGUCCGAAACAGGAAGUUACUGAGAUAAUAACUGUCGAAAAAGACGGAGAAGAACCUGUCACCACUGUCACCGUAUCGGAAGACAAGUCGCCCGAAGAAGUCGAGUCACAACCGAUAGAAAUUGUCGAACUUCCUGAAGAAUCGACGAUCGAAGAAAUCAAAUCACCCGAUGGUAAGUUUAAACAAAAGAAAAUCACAAAACGGACUAUCAAAAAGAAGGUAGGUCCUAGGGUUGACACUACACAAAUCACAACAACACACGAAGAAGACAAAGCACCCGUCAUCUCUGUACACACUACAAACGAAUUCACAGACGAUACACUUACCACUUUAGACGAUUUACACGAACCAGUCCAUGCUCAAGUUAUCGAGGAGGCUCCCGAGGAGGUCAAAGUUACUCAGACCGUUACGGAACAAGGUGACACGAAAACUGUAAAAACAACGAAGCGCGUUAUCAAAAAGCCUAAGGGCUUGAAACAAGAAGUGACAGAAAUAACCACUGUCGAAAAUGAAGGAGAAGAACCCGUGACAACCGUAACCGUAAGGGAAGAAAAGUCACCAGAGGACGGAGACACGCAAACAACAGAAAUCGUCGAACUACCGGAAGAAACGUUCGUUGAAAGUGUCGAGUCGCCGGAAGGUAAGCCAAAACAAAAGAAAACAACUAAACGCAUUAUCAAAAAGAAGGUAGGUCCUAAACUCGAAACCACACAAAUCAUAACUGAACAAGAAGACGACGAAACACCCGUCACUUUCGUACACAAAACAGAGGAACUCAUUCAUGAUACAGUCACACCUCUCGUAGACUUACUAACACCAGAAAAGGCUAGGAUUAUAGAAGAGGCUCCCGAAGAGGUGAAAGUAACCGAAGUUGUUUCUAAAAUAGGCGACAAGAAGACUGUUAAAACAACAAAGCGCGUGAUCAAAAAACAGAAGGGUCCGAAACAGGAACUUACUGAGAUAAUAACUGUCGAAAAAGACGGAGAAGAACCUGUCUCCACUGUCACCGUAUCGGAAGACAAGUCGCCCGAAGAAGUCGAGUCACAACCGAUAGAAAUUGUCGAACUUCCUGAAGAAUCGACGAUCGAAGAAAUCAAAUCACCCGAUGGUAAGUUUAAACAAAAGAAAAUCACAAAACGGACUAUCAAAAAGAAGGUAGGUCCUAGGGUUGACACUACACAAAUCACAACAACACACGAAGAAGACAAAGCACCCGUCAUCUCUGUACACACUACACACGAAUUCACAGACGAUACACUUACCACUUUAGACGAUUUACACGAACCAGUCCAUGCUCAAGUUAUCGAGGAGGCUCCCGAGGAGGUCAAAGUUACUCAGACCGUUACGGAACAAGGUGACACGAAAACUGUAAAAACAACGAAGCGCGUUAUCAAAAAGCCUAAGGGCUUGAAACAAGAAGUGACAGAAAUAACCACUGUCGAAAAUGAAGGAGAAGAACCCGUGACAACCGUAACCGUAACGGAAGAAAAGUCACCAGAGGAAGUAGACACGCAAACAACAGAAAUCGUCGAACUUCCGGAAGAAACGUUCGUUGAAAGUGUCGAGUCGCCGGAAGGUAAGCCAAAACAAAAGAAAACAACUAAACGCAUUAUCAAAAAGAAGGUAGGUCCUAAACUCGAAACCACACAAAUCAUAACUGAACAAGAAGACGACGAAACACCCGUCACUUUCGUACAUAAAACAGAGGAACUCAUUCAUGAUACAGUCACACCUCUCGUAGACUUAUUCACACCAGAAAAGGCUAGGAUUAUAGAAGAGGCUCCCGAAGAGGUAAAAGUAACCGAAGUUGUUUCUAAAAUAGGCGACAAGAAGACUGUUAAAACAACAAAGCGCGUGAUCAAAAAACAGAAGGGUCCGAAACAGGAAGUUACUGAGAUAAUAACUGUCGAAAAAGACGGAGAAGAACCUGUCACCACUGUCACCGUAUCGGAAGACAAGUCGCCCGAAGAAGUCGAGUCACAACCGAUAGAAAUUGUCGAACUUCCUGAAGAAUCGACGAUCGAAGAAAUCAAAUCACCCGAUGGUAAGUUUAAACAAAAGAAAAUCACAAAACGGACUAUCAAAAAGAAGGUAGGUCCUAGGGUUGACACUACACAAAUCACAACAACACACGAAGAAGACAAAGCACCCGUCAUCUCUGUACACACUACACACGAAUUCACAGACGAUACACUUACCACUUUAGACGAUUUACACGAACCAGUCCAUGCUCAAGUUAUCCAGGAGGCUCCCGAGGAGGUCAAAGUUACUCGGACCGUUACGGAACAAGGUGACACGAAAACUGUAAAAACAACGAAGCGCGUUAUCAAAAAGCCUAAGGGCUUGAAACAAGAAGUGACAGAAAUAACCACUGUCGAAAAUGAAGGAGAAGAACCCGUGACAACCGUAACCGUAAGGGAAGAAAAGUCACCAGAAGAAGGAGACACGCAAACAACCGAAAUCGUCGAACUUCCGGAAGAAACGUUCGUUGAAAGUGUCGAGUCGCCGGAAGGUAAGCCAAAACAAAAGAAAACAACUAAACGCAUUAUCAAAAAGAAGGUAGGUCCUAAACUCGAAACCACACAAAUCAUAACUGAACAAGAAGACGACGAAACACCCAUCACUUUCGUACACAAAAUAGAGGAACUCAUUCAUGAUACAGUCACACCUCUCGUAGACUUACUAACACCAGAAAAGGCUAGGAUUAUAGAAGAGGCUCCCGAAGAGGUGAAAGUAACCGAAGUUGUUUCUAAAAUAGGCGACAAGAAGACUGUUAAAGCAACAAAGCGCGUGAUCAAAAAACAGAAGGGUCCGAAACAGGAAGUUACUGAGAUAAUAACUGUCGAAAAAGACGGAGAAGAACCUGUCACCACUGUCACCGUAUCGGAAGACAAGUCGCCCGAAGAAGUCGAGUCACAACCGAUAGAAAUUGUCGAACUUCCUGAAGAAUCGACGAUCGAAGAAAUCAAAUCACCCGAUGGUAAGUUUAAACAAAAGAAAAUCACAAAACGGACUAUCAAAAAGAAGGUAGGUCCUAGGGUUGACACUACACAAAUCACAACAACACACGAAGAAGACAAAGCACCCGUCAUCUCUGUACACACUACACACGAAUUCACAGACGAUACACUUACCACUUUAGACGAUUUACACGAACCAGUCCAUGCUCAAGUUAUCGAGGAGGCUCCCGAGGAGGUCAAAGUUACUCAGACCGUUACGGAACAAGGUGACACGAAAACUGUAAAAACAACAAAGCGCGUUAUCAAAAAGCCUAAGGGCUUGAAACAGGAAGUGACAGAAAUAACCACUGUCGAAAAUGAAGGUGAAGAACCCGUGAUAACCGUAACCGUAACGGAAGAAAAGUCACCAGAGGAAGGAGACACGCAAACAACAGAAAUCGUCGAACUUCCGGAAGAAACGUUCGUUGAAAGUGUCGAGUCGCCGGAAGGUAAGCCAAAACAAAAGAAAACAACUAAACGCAUUAUCAAAAAGAAGGUAGGUCCUAAACUCGAAACCACACAAAUCAUAACUGAACAAGAAGACGACGAAACACCCGUCACUUUCGUACAUAAAACAGAGGAACUCAUUCAUGAUACAGUCACACCUCUCGUAGACUUACUCACACCAGAAAAGGCUAGGAUUAUAGAAGAGGCUCCCGAAGAGGUGAAAGUAACCGAAGUUGUUUCUAAAAUAGGCGACAAGAAGACUGUUAAAACAACAAAGCGCGUGAUCAAAAAACAGAAGGGUCCUAAACAGGAAGUUACUGAGAUAAUAACUGUCGAAAAAGACGGAGAAGAACCUGUCACCACUGUCACCGUAUCGGAAGACAAGUCGCCCGAAGAAGCCGAGUCACAACCGAUAGAAAUUGUCGAACUUCCUGAAGAAUCGACGAUCGAAGAAAUCAAAUCACCCGAUGGUAAGUUUAAACAAAAGAAAAUCACAAAACGGACUAUCAAAAAGAAGGUAGGUCCUAGGGUUGACACUACACAAAUCACAACAACACACGAAGAAGACAAAGCACCCGUCAUCUCUGUACACACUACACACGAAUUCACAGACGAUACACUUACCACUUUAGACGAUUUACACGAACCAGUCCAUGCUCAAGUUAUCGAGGAGGCUCCCGAGGAGGUCAAAGUUACUCAGACCGUUACGGAACAAGGUGACACGAAAACUGUAAAAACAACAAAGCGCGUUAUCAAAAAGCCUAAGGGCUUGAAACAGGAAGUGACAGAAAUAACCACUGUCGAAAAUGAAGGUGAAGAACCCGUGACAACCGUAACCGUAAGGGAAGAAAAGUCACCAGAGGAAGGAGAGACGCAAACAACAGAAAUCGUCGAACUUCCGGAAGAAACGUUCGUUGAAAAUGUCGAGUCUCCGGAAGGUAAGCCACAACAAAAGAAAACAACUAAACGCAUUAUCAAAAAGAAGGUAGGUCCUAAACUCGAAACCAUACAAAUCAUAACUGAACAAGAAGACGACGAAACACCCGUCACUUUCGUACACAAAACAGAGGAACUCAUUCAUGAUACAGUCACACCUCUCGUAGACUUACUCACACCAGAAAAGGCUAGGAUUAUAGAAGAGGCUCCCGAAGAGGUGAAAGUAACCGAAGUUGUUUCUAAAAUAGGCGACAAGAAGACUAUUAAAACAACAAAGCGCGUGAUCAAAAAACAGAAGGGUCCUAAACAGGAAGUUACUGAGAUAAUAACUAUCGAAAAAGACGGAGAAGAACCUGUCACAACUGUCACCGUAUCGGAGGACAAGUCGCCCGAAGAAGUCGAGUCACAACCGAUAGAAAUUGUCGAACUUCCGGAAGAAUCGACGAUCGAAGAAAUCAAAUCACCCGAUGGUAAGUCUAAACAAAAGAAAAUCACAAAACGGACUAUCAAAAAGAAGGUAGGUCCUAGGGUUGACACUACACACAUCACAACCACACACGAAGAUGACAAAGCACCUGUCGUCGCUGUACACACUACACACGAAUUCACAGACGAUACACUUACCACUUUAGACGAUUUACACGAACCAGUCCAUGCUCAAGUAAUCGAGGAGGCUCCCGAGGAGGUCAAAGUUACUCAGACCGUUACGGAACAAGGUGACACGAAAACUGUAAAAACAACAAAGCGCGUUAUCAAAAAGCCUAAGGGCUUGAAACAGGAAGUGACAGAAAUAACCACUGUCGAAAAUGAAGGUGAAGAACCCGUGACAACCGUAACCGUAAGGGAAGAAAAGUCACCAGAGGAAGGAGACACGCAAACAACAGAAAUUGUCGAACUUCCGGAAGAAUCGACGAUCGAAGAAAUCAAAUCACCCGAUGGUAAGUCUAAACAAAAGAAAAUCACAAAACGGACUAUCAAAAAGAAGGUAGGUCCUAGGGUUGACACUACACACAUCACAACCACACACGAAGAUGACAAAGCACCUGUCGUCUCUGUACACACUACACACGAAUUCACAGACGAUACACUUACCAUUUUUGACGAUUUACACGAACCAGUCCAUGCUCAAGUAAUCGAGGAGGCUCCCGAGGAGGUCAAAGUUACUCAGACCGUUACGGAACAAGGUGACACCAAAACUGUAAAAACAACAAAGCGCGUUAUCAAAAAGCCUAAGGGCUUGAAACAGGAAGUGACAGAAAUAACCACUGUCGAAAAUGAAGGAGAAGAACCCGUGACAACCGUAACCGUAACGGAAGAAAAGUCACCAGAGGAAGUAGACACGCAAACAACAGAAAUCGUCGAACUUCCGGAAGAAACGUUCGUUGAAAGUGUCGAGUCGCCGGAAGGUAAGCCAAAACAAAAGAAAACAACUAAACGCAUUAUCAAAAAGAAGGUAGGUCCUAAACUCGAAACCACACAAAUCAUAACUGAACAAGAAGACGACGAAUCACCCGUCACUUUCGUACACAAAACAGAGGAACUCAUUCAUGAUACAGUCACACCUCUCGUAGACUUACUCACACCAGAAAAGGCUAGGAUUAUAGAAGAGGCUCCCGAAGAGGUGAAAGUAACCGAAGUUGUUUCUAAAAUAGGCGACAAGAAGACUGUUAAAACAACAAAGCGCGUGAUCAAGAAACAGAAGGGUCCUAAACAGGAAGUAACUGAGAUAAUAACUAUCGAAAAAGACGGAGAAGAACCUGUCACAACUGUCACCGUAUCGGAGGACAAGUCGCCCGAAGAAGUCGAGUCACAACCGAUAGAAAUUGUCGAACUUCCUGAAGAAUCGACGAUCGAAGAAAACAAAUCACCCGAUGGUAAGUUUAAACAAAAGAAAAUCACAAAACGGACUAUCAAAAAGAAGGUAGGUCCUAGGGUUGACACUACACACAUCACAACCACACACGAAGAUGACAAAGCACCUGUCGUCGCUGUACACACUACACACGAAUUCACAGACGAUACACUUACCACUUUAGACGAUUUACACGAACCAGUCCAUGCUCAAGUAAUCGAGGAGGCUCCCGAGGAGGUCAAAGUUACUCAGACCGUUACGGAACAAGGUGACACGAAAACUGUAAAAACAACAAAGCGCGUUAUCAAAAAGCCUAAGGGCUUGAAACAGGAAGUGACAGAAAUAACCACUGUCGAAAAUGAAGGUGAAGAACCCGUGACAACCGUAACCGUAAGGGAAGAAAAGUCACCAGAGGAAGGAGACACGCAAACAACAGAAAUUGUCGAACUUCCGGAAGAAUCGACGAUCGAAGAAAUCAAAUCACCCGAUGGUAAGUCUAAACAAAAGAAAAUCACAAAACGGACUAUCAAAAAGAAGGUAGGUCCUAGGGUUGACACUACACACAUCACAACCACACACGAAGAUGACAAAGCACCUGUCGUCUCUGUACACACUACACACGAAUUCACAGACGAUACACUUACCAUUUUUGACGAUUUACACGAACCAGUCCAUGCUCAAGUAAUCGAGGAGGCUCCCGAGGAGGUCAAAGUUACUCAGACCGUUACGGAACAAGGUGACACCAAAACUGUAAAAACAACAAAGCGCGUUAUCAAAAAGCCUAAGGGCUUGAAACAGGAAGUGACAGAAAUAACCACUGUCGAAAAUGAAGGUGAAGAACCCGCGACAACCGUAACCGUAACGGAAGAAAAGUCACCAGAGGAAGGAGACACGCAAACAACAGAAAUCGUCGAACUUCCGGAAGAAACGUUCGUUGAAAGUGUCGAGUCGCCGGAAGGUAAGCCAAAACAAAAGAAAACAACUAAACGCAUUAUCAAAAAGAAGGUAGGUCCUAAACUCGAAACCACACAAAUCAUAACUGAACAAGAAGACGACGAAACACCCGUCACUUUCGUACACAAAACAGAGGAACUCAUUCAUGAUACAGUCACACCUCUCGUAGACUUACUCACACCAGAAAAGGCUAGGAUUAUAGAAGAGGCUCCCGAAGAGGUGAAAGUAACCGAAGUUGUUUCUAAAAUAGGCGACAAGAAGACUGUUAAAACAACAAAGCGCGUGAUCAAAAAACAGAAGGGUCCGAAACAGGAAGUUACUGAGAUAAUAACUGUCGAAAAAGACGGAGAAGAAUCUGUCACCACUGUCACCGUAUCGGAGGACAAGUCGCCCGAAGAAGUCGAGUCACAACCGAUAGAAAUUGUCGAACUUCCGGAAGAAUCGACGAUCGAAGAAAUCAAAUCACCCGAUGGUAAGUUUAAACAAAAGAAAAUCACAAAACGGACUAUCAAAAAGAAGGUAGGUCCUAGGGUUGACACUACACAAAUCACAACCACACACGAAGAAGACAAAGCACCCGUCAUCUCUGUACACACUAUACACGAAUUCACAGACGAUACAUUUACCACUUUAGACGAUUUACACGAACCAGUCCAUGCUCAAGUAAUCGAGGAGGCUCCCGAGGAGGUCAAAGUUACUCAGACCGUUACGGAACAAGGUGACACGAAAACUGUAAAAACAACAAAGCGCGUUAUCAAAAAGCCUAAGGGCUUGAAACAGGAAGUGACAGAAAUAACCACUGUCGAAAAUGAAGGUGAAGAACCCGUGACAACCGUAACCGUAACGGAAGAAAAGUCACCAGAGGAAGGAGAGACGCAAACAACAGAAAUCGUCGAACUACCGGAAGAAACGUUCGUUGAAAAUGUCGAGUCUCCGGAAGGUAAGCCACAACAAAAGAAAACAACUAAACGCAUUAUCAAAAAGAAGGUAGGUCCUAAACUCGAAACCACACAAAUCAUAACUGAACAAGAAGACGACGAAACACCCGUCACUUUCGUACACAAAACAGUGGAACUCAUUCAUGAUACAGUCACACCUCUCGUAGACUUACUCACACCAGAAAAGGCUAGGAUUAUAGAAGAGGCUCCCGAAGAGGUGAAAGUAACCGAAGUUGUUUCUAAAAUAGGCGACAAGAAGACUAUUAAAACAACAAAGCGCGUGAUCAAAAAACAGAAGGGUCCUAAACAGGAAGUUACUGAGAUAAUAACUAUCGAAAAAGACGGAGAAGAACCUGUCACAACUGUCACCGUAUCGGAGGACAAGUCGCCCGAAGAAGUCGAGUCACAACCGAUAGAAAUUGUCGAACUUCCGGAAGAAUCGACGAUCGAAGAAAUCAAAUCACCCGAUGGUAAGCCUAAACAAAAGAAAAUCACAAAACGGACUAUCAAAAAGAAGGUAGGUCCUAGGGUUGACACUACACACAUCACAACCACACACGAAGAUGACAAAGCCCCUGUCGUCGCUGUACACACUACACACGAAUUCACAGACGAUACACUUACCACUUUAGACGAUUUACACGAACCAGUCCAUGCUCAAGUAAUCGAGGAGGCUCCCGAGGAGGUCAAAGUUACUCAGACCGUUACGGAACAAGGUGACACGAAAACUGUAAAAACAACAAAGCGCGUUAUCAAAAAGCCUAAGGGCUUGAAACAGGAAGUGACAGAAAUAACCACUGUCGAAAAUGAAGGUGAAGAACCCGUGACAACCGUAACCGUAACGGAAGAAAAGUCACCAGAGGAAGGAGACACGCAAACAACAGAAAUUGUCGAACUUCCGGAAGAAUCGACGAUCGAAGAAAUCAAAUCACCCGAUGGUAAGUCUAAACAAAAGAAAAUCACAAAACGGACUAUCAAAAAGAAGGUAGGUCCUAGGGUUGACACUACACACAUCACAACCACACACGAAGAUGACAAAGCACCUGUCGUCUCUGUACACACUACACACGAAUUCACAGACGAUACACUUACCAUUUUUGACGAUUUACACGAACCAGUCCAUGCUCAAGUAAUCGAGGAGGCUCCCGAGGAGGUCAAAGUUACUCAGACCGUUACGGAACAAGGUGACACCAAAACUGUAAAAACAACAAAGCGCGUUAUCAAAAAGCCUAAGGGCUUGAAACAGGAAGUGACAGAAAUAACCACUGUCGAAAAUGAAGGUGAAGAACCCGUGACAACCGUAACCGUAACGGAAGAAAAGUCACCAGAGGAAGGAGAGACGCAAACAACAGAAAUCGUCGAACUACCGGAAGAAACGUUCGUUGAAAAUGUCGAGUCUCCGGAAGGUAAGCCACAACAAAAGAAAACAACUAAACGCAUUAUCAAAAAGAAGGUAGGUCCUAAACUCGAAACCACACAAAUCAUAACUGAACAAGAAGACGACGAAACACCCGUCACUUUCGUACACAAAACAGAGGAACUCAUUCAUGAUACAGUCACACCUCUCGUAGACUUACUCACACCAGAAAAGGCUAGGAUUAUAGAAGAGGCUCCCGAAGAGGUGAAAGUAACCGAAGUUGUUUCUAAAAUAGGCGACAAGAAGACUAUUAAAACAACAAAGCGCGUGAUCAAAAAACAGAAGGGUCCUAAACAGGAAGUUACUGAGAUAAUAACUAUCGAAAAAGACGGAGAAGAACCUGUCACAACUGUCACCGUAUCGGAGGACAAGUCGCCCGAAGAAGUCGAGUCACAACCGAUAGAAAUUGUCGAACUUCCGGAAGAAUCGACGAUCGAAGAAAUCAAAUCACCCGAUGGUAAGUCUAAACAAAAGAAAAUCACAAAACGGACUAUCAAAAAGAAGGUAGGUCCUAGGGUUGACACUACACACAUCACAACCACACACGAAGAUGACAAAGCACCUGUCGUCGCUGUACACACUACACACGAAUUCACAGACGAUACACUUACCACUUUAGACGAUUUACACGAACCAGUCCAUGCUCAAGUAAUCGAGGAGGCUCCCGAGGAGGUCAAAGUUACUCAGACCGUUACGGAACAAGGUGACACGAAAACUGUAAAAACAACAAAGCGCGUUAUCAAAAAGCCUAAGGGCUUGAAACAGGAAGUGACAGAAAUAACCACUGUCGAAAAUGAAGGUGAAGAACCCGUGACAACCGUAACCGUAACGGAAGAAAAGUCACCAGAGGAAGGAGACACGCAAACAGCAGAAAUUGUCGAACUUCCGGAAGAAUCGACGAUCGAAGAAAUCAAAUCACCCGAUGGUAAGUCUAAACAAAAGAUAAUCACAAAACGGACUAUCAAAAAGAAGGUAGGUCCUAGGGUUGACACUACACACAUCACAACCACACACGAAGAUGACAAAGCACCUGUCGUCUCUGUACACACUACACACGAAUUCACAGACGAUACACUUACCACUUUAGACGAUUUACACGAACCAGUCCAUGCUCAAGUAAUCGAGGAUGCUCCCGAGGAGGUCAAAGUUACUCAGACCGUUACGGAACAAGGUGACACGAAAACUGUAAAAACAACAAAGCGCGUUAUCAAAAAGCCUAAGGGCUUGAAACAGGAAGUGACAGAAAUAACCACUGUCGAAAAUGAAGGUGAAGAACCCGUGACAACCGUAACCGUAACGGAAGAAAAGUCACCAGAGGAAGGAGACACGCAAACAACAGAAAUUGUCGAACUUCCGGAAGAAUCGACGAUCGAAGAAAUCAAAUCACCCGAUGGUAAGUCUAAACAAAAGAAAAUCACAAAACGGACUAUCAAAAAGAAGGUAGGUCCUAGGGUUGACACUACACACAUCACAACCACACACGAAGAUGACAAAGCACCUGUCGUCUCUGUACACACUACACACGAAUUCACAGACGAUACACUUACCAUUUUUGACGAUUUACACGAACCAGUCCAUGCUCAAGUAAUCGAGGAGGCUCCCGAGGAGGUCAAAGUUACUCAGACCGUUACGGAACAAGGUGACACCAAAACUGUAAAAACAACAAAGCGCGUUAUCAAAAAGCCUAAGGGCUUGAAACAGGAAGUGACAGAAAUAACCACUGUCGAAAAUGAAGGUGAAGAACCCGUGACAACCGUAACCGUAACGGAAGAAAAGUCACCAGAGGAAGGAGAGACGCAAACAACAGAAAUCGUCGAACUACCGGAAGAAACGUUCGUUGAAAAUGUCGAGUCUCCGGAAGGUAAGCCACAACAAAAGAAAACAACUAAACGCAUUAUCAAAAAGAAGGUAGGUCCUAAACUCGAAACCACACAAAUCAUAACUGAACAAGAAGACGACGAAACACCCGUCACUUUCGUACACAAAACAGAGGAACUCAUUCAUGAUACAGUCACACCUCUCGUAGACUUACUCACACCAGAAAAGGCUAGGAUUAUAGAAGAGGCUCCCGAAGAGGUGAAAGUAACCGAAGUUGUUUCUAAAAUAGGCGACAAGAAGACUAUUAAAACAACAAAGCGCGUGAUCAAAAAACAGAAGGGUCCUAAACAGGAAGUUACUGAGAUAAUAACUAUCGAAAAAGACGGAGAAGAACCUGUCACAACUGUCACCGUAUCGGAGGACAAGUCGCCCGAAGAAGUCGAGUCACAACCGAUAGAAAUUGUCGAACUUCCGGAAGAAUCGACGAUCGAAGAAAUCAAAUCACUCGAUGGUAAGUCUAAACAAAAGAAAAUCACAAAACGGACUAUCAAAAAGAAGGUAGGUCCUAGGGUUGACACUACACACAUCACAACCACACACGAAGAUGACAAAGCACCUGUCGUCGCUGUACACACUACACACGAAUUCACAGACGAUACACUUACCACUUUAGACGAUUUACACGAACCAGUCCAUGCUCAAGUAAUCGAGGAGGCUCCCGAGGAGGUCAAAGUUACUCAGACCGUUACGGAACAAGGUGACACGAAAACUGUAAAAACAACAAAGCGCGUUAUCAAAAAGCCUAAGGGCUUGAAACAGGAAGUGACAGAAAUAACCACUGUCGAAAAUGAAGGUGAAGAACCCGUGACAACCGUAACCGUAACGGAAGAAAAGUCACCAGAGGAAGGAGACACGCAAACAACAGAAAUUGUCGAACUUCCGGAAGAAUCGACGAUCGAAGAAAUCAAAUCACCCGAUGGUAAGUCUAAACAAAAGAAAAUCACAAAACGGACUAUCAAAAAGAAGGUAGGUCCUAGGGUUGACACUACACACAUCACAACCACACACGAAGAUGACAAAGCACCUGUCGUCGCUGUACACACUACACACGAAUUCACAGACGAUACACUUACCACUUUAGACGAUUUACACGAACCAGUCCAUGCUCAAGUAAUCGAGGAGGCUCCCGAGGAGGUCAAAGUUACUCAGACCGUUACGGAACAAGGUGACACGAAAACUGUAAAAACAACAAAGCGCGUUAUCAAAAAGCCUAAGGGCUUGAAACAGGAAGUGACAGAAAUAACCACUGUCGAAAAUGAAGGUGAAGAACCCGUGACAACCGUAACCGUAACGGAAGAAAAGUCACCAGAGGAAGGAGACACGCAAACAACAGAAAUUGUCGAACUUCCGGAAGAAUCGACGAUCGAAGAAAUCAAAUCACCCGAUGGUAAGUCUAAACAAAAGAAAAUCACAAAACGGACUAUCAAAAAGAAGGUAGGUCCUAGGGUUGACACUACACACAUCACAACCACACACGAAGAUGACAAAGCACCUGUCGUCUCUGUACACACUACACACGAAUUCACAGACGAUACACUUACCAUUUUUGACGAUUUACACGAACCAGUCCAUGCUCCAGUAAUCGAGGAGGCUCCCGAGGAGGUCAAAGUUACUCAGACCGUUACGGAACAAGGUGACACCAAAACUGUAAAAACAACAAAGCGCGUUAUCAAAAAGCCUAAGGGCUUGAAACAGGAAGUGACAGAAAUAACCACUGUCGAAAAUGAAGGUGAAGAACCCGUGACAACCGUAACCGUAACGGAAGAAAAGUCACCAGAGGAAGGAGAGACGCAAACAACAGAAAUCGUCGAACUUCCGGAAGAAACGUUCGUUGAAAAUGUCGAGUCUCCGGAAGGUAAGCCACAACAAAAGAAAACAACUAAACGCAUUAUCAAAAAGAAGGUAGGUCCUAAACUCGAAACCACACAAAUCAUAACUGAACAAGAAGACGACGAAUCACCCGUCACUUUCGUACACAAAACAGAGGAACUCAUUCAUGAUACAGUCACACCUCUCGUAGACUUACUCACACCAGAAAAGGCUAGGAUUAUAGAAGAGGCUCCCGAAGAGGUGAAAGUAACCGAAGUUGUUUCUAAAAUAGGCGACAAGAAGACUGUUAAAACAACAAAGCGCGUGAUCAAGAAACAGAAGGGUCCUAAACAGGAAGUAACUGAGAUAAUAACUAUCGAAAAAGACGGAGAAGAACCUGUCACAACUAUCACCGUAUCGGAGGACAAGUCGCCCGAAGAAGUCGAGUCACAACCGAUAGAAAUUGUCGAACUUCCUGAAGAAUCGACGAUCGAAGAAAACAAAUCACCCGAUGGUAAGUUUAAACAAAAGAAAAUCACAAAACGGACUAUCAAAAAGAAGGUAGGUCCUAGGGUUGACACUACACAAAUCACAACCACACACGAAGAAGACAAGGCACCCGUCAUCUCUGUACACACUACACACGAAUUCACAGACGAUACACUUACCACUUUAGACGAUUUACACGAACCAGUCCAUGCUCAAGUAAUCGAGGAGGCUCCCGAGGAGGUCAAAGUUACUCAGACCGUUACGGAACAAGGUGACACGAAAACUGUAAAAACAACAAAGCGCGUUAUCAAAAAGCCUAAGGGCUUGAAACAGGAAGUGACAGAAAUAACCACUGUCGAAAACGAAGGAGAAGAACCCGUGACAACCGUAACCGUAAGGGAAGAAAAGUCACCAGAGGAAGAAGACACGCUAACAGCAGAAAUUGUUGAGCUUCCGGAAGAAUCGACGAUCGAAGAAAUCAAAUCACCCGAUGGUAAGUCUACACAAAAGAAAAUCACAAAACGGACUAUGAAAAAGAAGGUAGGUCCUAGGGUUGACACUACACACAUCACAACCACACACGAAGAUGACAAAGCACCUGUCGUCUCUGUACACACUACACACGAAUUCACAGACGAUACACUUACCAUUUUUGACGAUUUACACGAACCAGUCCAUGCUCAAGUAAUCGAGGAGGCUCCCGAGGAGGUCAAAGUUACUCAGACCGUUACGGAACAAGGUGACACCAAAACUGUAAAAACAACAAAGCGCGUUAUCAAAAAGCCUAAGGGCUUGAAACAGGAAGUGACAGAAAUAACCACUGUCGAAAAUGAAGGUGAAGAACCCGUGACAACCGUAACCGUAAGGGAAGAAAAGUCACCAGAGGAAGGAGACACGCAAACAACAGAAAUUGUCGAACUUCCGGAAGAAUCGACGAUCGAAGAAAUCAAAUCACCCGAAGGUAAGUCUAAACAAAAGAAAAUCACAAAACGGACUAUCAAAAAGAAGGUAGGUCCCAGGGUUGACACUACACACAUCACAACCACACACGAAGAUGACAAAGCACCUGUCGUCUCUGUACACACUACACACGAAUUCACAGACGAUACACUUACCACUUUAGACGAUUUACACGAACCAGUCCAUGCUCAAGUUAUCGAGGAGGCUCCCGAGGAGUUCAAAGUUACUCAGACCGUUACGGAACAAGGUGACACGAAAACUAUAAAAACAACAAAGUGCGUUAUCAAAAAGCCUAAGGGCUUGAAACAUGAAGUGACAGAAAUAACCACCGUUGAAAAUGAAGAAGAACCCGUGACAACCGUAACCGUAACGGAAGAAAAGUCACCAGUGGUAGAAGACACACAAAUUCUUGAAAUCGUCAAUUUUCCGGAUGAAAUUAUUGUAGGCGAAAUGAACUCACCUAAGGUUUUAUUAGCCAUAUGCUUCAUGUGCUACACCGUAAAUAACGACAAUAUUCUGACCGUGUUCGCGGAGUGA